UUCUCUCUCUCCUUUUUUUUUUUAAAUAUAUAUAUUUAUACACCGACUCGGAAACUGUCACUCUCUACGUCUUCUCUCUCUCUCUUUCUCCCCUCAUCUUCCGCCUUCAACAAUGGUAGAUCUUCAGACUGUUUGUUGCAUGUGCGGCGACGUCGGCUUCUCCGACAAGCUCUUUCGCUGCAACAAAUGCCGCAACCGCUUCCAGCACUCGUAUUGUAGCAACUACUACAGCGAGUUUGCGGAGCCGAUCAGGCUGUGCGAUUGGUGCCAGAGCGAGGAAAGAAACACGAGACACGGGAGCUCUUCUAAGAAAUUGUCGGCAGGCAACGACGCCGGAAUUACAAAUAGAUCCGAGUAUUCUGGCGACAAAAUCAAGCAACACGAUCGGGAAGAGAGCGCCACCGAGAAGCAGGGAAAGAGUAGCGGAACGCCGUCUCCCCGGCCAACAACUCGCAGGUACAAGCUUCUCAAGGACGUGAUGUGCUAGGUAUUUAAUUACCGGUAAUUAGAAAAAAAAAAAAAAAAACUCCUUUUCGUGUGUUUAUAUAUUUAGAACUUAAUUAGUCAGAUGUUCUUGAUGAUGUGUUUUUGCUUUUGAGUUUGAUCAUAUGGUUUUCAGUAAGUUGUUGAUAAAAUAAUACUCUAGUUUGAUAUGGGGAGAGGAGAGUGAACAAGUCGAGGGUUUGUGUGUGGGCUGGGAUAGCAGGGUUCUUGGGAGGGGAGAUGCAGGUAGAUAGCUUGUUCAUUCGGUUUGUUUGUUGAGUCACUUGGGGGAGAAUUGAAUGCAGGACUUAAUGGGUUGUCUUUUGGCUAAAGAAUUCAUCAUAGUACCUAAAGCUGCAAAUUUUUACUGCACAUUCAUUGAAGGCCUUUAAUAGCUAGGCCCUCCAGCUCCACUAUUAUUUCCUGAGGCCAUUCAUUCAAGCACUCAAUAUUUCUUCCCUACACAUACUUGUGUUUGUACUAGCUAGGGUGUUGACUGACCCGUUGUUGUAUGUAUAUAUCUCCCAAGUACAGAAGCUGAUAAGUCACAUGGUCUGCUGCUCUCCUUAUCCCACUUGCAAGAAAACUCCUUAAUUAAUGUAAUCUUUGUUCACUAACAAGCAUGUGACUGUUACUUAAUCAUAUCUUCAAUUAGUAGUGUAUGUGUAUUUGAUGUGUGCCGGUGUAUAAAGCUUAAUCGAUAUU